AUGAACGAACCGCACCGUGGCUAUGUAAACCUGUAUUCAUUUGAUCGAUGGAAUUACAACACGGACUUGCAUAUCGGCCAUUAUCCGUCUGCAUUGCAGAGCCUCGCAUUGGGCGAUGGACACGUACAAAACAUUCCUUUCUACACAAAGACGUGGCCUUUGCCUUCACGGCUUUCACACUAUACGCGUGUCGAUCCAUGUGGUCGACUGGCGUGGCUCCAGCGCAAUGAUUCCAUUGCUUUUCCCAAUACUCGACAGCAGGAUGGGUGUCUCUGGAGGGAACAUGGCGUUUGGGACUGGGAUGAAGCAAAGCAGAAGCCUGUUGUGUUGCAAGCGGACUACUUCCGCGUCGAUCCUCGUCCUGGGCAACAGCGACGUCGAGUUGAGUGGUACAAAGAUUUUUACGCACCCUUUGUGCAAAAAUUUGAUCAGCGGUAUGUGAUGCAGAAACGAGCUUACGAACUCUAA